GCGGCUCGUCUGGCUGAAAUCCUUGAAUGGAUCAAGAUGGAGCAUUUGUUGCAGCGAUGCAAUGGUUUGGAUACUCCGGUUGAAUGGGAUUGGUCGGAAGCACUGUCACCCGGAGAGUUGCAGAGGCUCUCAAUAGGCCGAGUGUUGUAUCAUCGUCCACGAAUAGCAUUUUUGGAUGAAGCAACGAGUGCCAUCGGUUUUGAAAUGGAAAUGUCGCUUUAUCGUCUGUUGCAGGAGGAGCGUAUCUCAUAUGUGUCUAUUGGGCAUCGAUUUUCGCUAAAACAGUAUCAUGACAUGGAACUACAUCUAAAUGGGCAUGGUGUCUGGACUUUGAAUGAUAUCGACUCGGCGGAAAUCAACAGUUCUGCUACCAGUUUUAUUAAUAAUCAAGCGAUGCUCUCGAUGUGA